CCACUGUUAAGUCGCAAAAUUUUGCAAACAGCGGUAAAAUCCAUAUGGUGCAACAUCUGAGCUAUUGUUCAUCAGAAUAAAAAAAUAAGCAUCCCGCCAUAAGUUCUAUAAAACUAUCGUAAAUAUAGAUAGAUAUUUCUAUUCUAUACGAACUCAAUUAAGUAUUGUGCAAUCAGACCGGAAUCAGAGGAAAAAUGAUCCAAUCUUCCGGUGUUUACCACUGCUAGUGCGUGGUCCAGCGUGGCACCCCUGGUAAGGAACGGCCAUGGCCACCGACAACAAUAGCAACAAGGAAACCUUCCGAAAAAGACAGGAGACGGAAUUGGAGGUGAUUCAAUCCAUCUACGAACAACAAGUGGAAGAUUUGCGCCCUCUUGGAGGAAAAUGGCGACCGCUGGAAGUGCGAUUGAAGCUGACGCCUCAGAAAGGCUCCGCCCAGGAAAUCUACGCCCGAACGGAGAUGCGGAUAACCUGUGGCAAGAACUAUCCAAAGUAUCCACCGAAAAUCGAACUGGAAAACACAAAAGGGCUGUCCGACAUGUUGGUGCAAGAGUUGCUCGAUGCGCUGAAGAAGCAAGCUGACGAACUGAAGGGUGAAGUAAUGAUAUACGAGCUGGCAGCAACGGUGGAGGAAUUCCUGCAUAAGUACAAUGCACCGCCGAAGGGAAGUUUCUACGACGAGAUGUUGGCCAAUCAAGAGAAGAAGGCACGAGAUCAGUUUAAUACGCUGAAGGCAGAGGAAGAUCAGCGGAAGCAAGCGAUUAGAGAUGAAUUGCAAAAGCGCAAGAAGGUGCUGGAGAAGACAAGAAGGGAAUCGAAGCUGAGUAUGAAUGAGGCUAGUCCCAUGCAUCGCAGUAUGAGUUCGUCGGAAAACAGUGAUGGAAACAACUUUCGAGUAUCGGACAAUGUUUGUAUGGACCAUCGAGGAAGCGAGACGUUGUUCUUCCGGGAUGGAAAGAAAAUCGUCAAGGGGUCCUGUUUGGGGCACUCGCAGCGGGGAUGCGUGGCCUAUUCGGGUAUUGAUGUUCAAACCGGACAGCUGCUAUAUGUGACGGAAUGGAACAUCGAUUUGGACAAGGAGGGGAAAACCAUCACCGGUCAAACAUCGGACGAGGUUGUGAAUGAGCUUGAGAGGCAGAUGAGUAGUUUGACAAAUUUGAGACAUAAAAAUUUGAUUUCCUACGAAGGAAUGUACUGCAAAGUCGGAAAAGAGUGUAUCGACGUAUUCGUAGCGCAAGAUUUCAUCCUUGGGACUAGUGUUUUUACAGUUUCGGGAUCGCUGGGCUGGUCAGCGGAAGGGGCCAGUAUGGUCGCAAAAGGAAUACUCGAAGCUUUGAUUUACCUCCACAAUAAUGGAGUUUCUCAUGAUAAUCUUUCGGAUUCGUCGGUUUUUAUCGACAACAGUGGCUCUAUAAGGGUAGCCGACUAUAAAUUGAUUGCAUAUAUUCAGGAGCUCGUAAAUAAUCAGCAAGGUGUUCGAAGUGAUCUACCAGCGUUGGGUUCUCUCAUUGAAUCGCUCUUCAAUGCUCAUUCGGAAAUGAAAGAUUUCAUCGAGCGUUGCAAAUCAGAGAGAACCAUUUCUGCGUCCGAUCUUUUGGAACAUCCGUUUCUCAGACCUAUUCUAUUCCAAGAUAUCCCCAGGAAAAAGCAUCACCCUCCGCGGGAUCCGAAGCCAUCGGAUAUGCAAACAGUAGAUCGGUCUCAUCCCAUUCCAGCGUUCAUGAACACGUCACUCACCACCGAAAAGUCUCGUCUUCAGACGGAAUUCGAAGUCCUUACGUAUAUCGGAAAAGGAGCCUACGGAGACGUGCUUAAAGUGCGAAACAUCCUGGACAACCGACAGUAUGCAAUCAAGCGCAUUUUGCUACCGGUCCGUAGCAAACAAUUUUACAAGAAGAUGACUCGCGAGGUCGAACUUUUGUCCCGGUUGAACCACGAAAAUGUGGUUCGAUAUUACAACAGUUGGGUCGAGGCGGUAAGUUCCGGCGAGCAGCAGCAAAACGGCAUGGAAUCAAGCUGUGAUUGGUCUAUCAGUGGGGGAGGAAGCGCCCCCAAGUGCGUUACAUCGGCCAAAGUGAUCAAGAAAAACAACGACAAGAAUAACGAUUGGGGUUUGGACUGCAUGGCGCUGGAUUCGAGUAGUAGCGACGAUGAUGAUGAUGAUGACGACGACGACGAUGUGGGCGGUGGUGGAAGCUCCGAUGGUAUUGAGUUCGUUGAUUCAAACGGUGAAGUGGCAACGUAUGCGAGUUUCAGCGACGGGCUGACGGGCGAUAAGGCCAGGGCGGAUAGUGCGGCCGGAGGUAAUCUCGAGGUCCUAUAUAUGUACAUUCAGAUGGAAUUUUGCGAGAAGAGUACGCUUAGGACCGCCAUCGACUCGAAUCUCUACGAGGAUGUUGACCGCGUUUGGCGAUUAUUCCGCGAGAUUGCUGAAGGUCUGAGCCAUAUACACCAGCAAGGCAUGAUUCAUCGGGAUUUAAAACCAGUCAACAUUUUCCUCGAUUCGCGAGAUCAGGUCAAAAUUGGAGAUUUUGGUCUCGCCACGACAAGUAUUCUAGCGCUCCAGAAUCAGCAGCAAGAACGGAUUCACCAAAUUACUUCUCUGGACAUGGGCAACUCUUUAACUGGCAAAGUCGGCACUGCUCUGUACGUAGCUCCGGAACUCACCGGAAACGCGUCAAAAUCAACCUAUAAUCAAAAAGUUGACCUGUACUCCCUCGGAAUCAUUCUCUUUGAAAUGAGUACCCCUUCAUUGGCCACCGGAAUGGAGCGAGUCAAAACUCUCAUGGAUCUUCGUUCGGACUCGAUACAAUUCCCGGACCAUAUCUUAACGGAAGGCAAGUACUCGCAACAGAUUCAAGUCAUCCGCUGGCUGUUGAAUCACGAUCCCGGAAAGCGGCCCACUGCCGAGGAGCUUCUAUCUUCGGAGCUCGUUCCACCGGUUCGCCUCGAGGCUGGCGAAAUCCAGGACGUCGUUCGACACGUUCUGUCAAACCCUCAAUCGCGCCAUUACAAGCACUUAAUUGCCCGAUGUUUCGCUCAGGAAAGCGACACCGUCUGCGAGCUCAGCUACCAUCUGGACAUGGUACCGAUCAUUCCCCGCUUAGACAGCGUUAAAUCCAAAAUCAUCGAGCUAUUCAGGAAACACGGCGCUAUCGAAGUUGUCACCCCGCUGCUCACUCCAUACACCAAAUCCAACGCCCGUAACAAUUCCGUCAAACUAAUGACUCACUCCGGCAGCAUAGUUUCGCUUCCGGAUGACCUACGAAUCCCAUUUCUUCGACACGUCGCUCUCAAUGGCAUCAAAUUCAUUCGCCGUUACUCGAUCGGACGAGUUUAUCGCGAAAAGAAAGUCUUCAACUUCCACCCGAAACAAGUUUAUGAAUGCGCCUUUGACGUCGUCACUCCGAACCGCGGGAACCUCAUCGUCGACGCCGAACUUCUGUCGAUCGCCAAUGAAAUUAUGCGCGAACUUAACCUACUCGAUCCGUCACGGAACGUAUUCUUCCGGAUAAACCACAUCAGUUUACUCCGCUCAAUCCUGCUUCACUGCAACGUGCCAUUGGACAAAUACAAAGAACUCUUCGAAAUAGUCCUGGAUUUCUUCGACGCCAAAAUCUCCAAGUUCCAACUGGUUGCCUCCGUCAGCAGUCAAAUCACCCAGCCCGGAGUCAAAGUCAACACGGCCUACCUAUGUGACGCGCUACAGAACGAAAUGUCCAUGUCGCAGAUCAACGGAACGCUGCUAAAAACGUUAAACAAGUGCCGAGGCGAAGCCGCCGCCCUGGCCAAGGUUGCUAUUCGCGAAUUGGAAAUGGUCGCUUCUCUGGCACAAGGACUGGGUGUGCAAAUACCGAUGGUUGUUUGUCCUGGGCUGCCCAUUAAUUACGAAAGAGCCAAGGGAGGUGGUGUCGUUUGGCAGCUGGUUGGUGAGUUGAAAGCGAAGAAGAAAAAUCCACUAACAACAAUCGCUGCCGGGGGUCGAUACGACACGAAGUUGGCAGAGUUUCAAAUAUCCGGAAUCAGCAACGGUCUGCAAGUUCCCAAGGUCGAACUCAGCGGUGCCGGAUUUAGCUUCCACCUGGAUAAGUUGGUAUACGCGUUGGGCCCAACUGGGGGCUGCGAACCGGUUGAAGUCAUGAUCAGUAUAACCGGCUCACGACCACCCCUGAAAGAGGUUGUGCAAAUCCUGCGUUCGCUCUGGUCGCAUGGAAUCAAAACCGGAAUACUGGAAGGGGGUUUGUCAAUGGAGGAAUCGGCCAAGGAAGUCGGAGCCAACGUGGUUGUGAUGCUCGGUGAAGGUGGGGAGCUCAGAGUCCGCACAUGGAAUCACGACCGCUUCCAAGAAUGCCACGUUACUCGACCGGAACUGUUGGGUUACAUUCUGAAAAUUCUGCGUCCAGAUCCCUCAGCCGUCGAGGUGACGACGGCUCUUCAGAAUGUGUCGCUCACAAGUUCCACCUCGACCAAAAACGUUCCCUCGUUGGUCAGCCAAAAUUCGACCAACAGUACGGCAUCGUUGGAUCUCAUUUUUCUCACCUCAGAGAAGGUGAACACCAACAAGAAACGCCGAUACGAGAAUCAGGUCGAACACAAGCUGUCUCCGGUGCUGUCCAAGUUUCACCGGAAGGAAAAGAUAUCGUUGAUCAUGGUCGAUCUGCCGAACGCACCGCUGCGGGGUCUGAUCGGAUUGAUUGAUCCGACCGAGUGCAACAACGACGAAGCGUCGUCCAAUUCGGUCGAGUUGAAUACCCUGAUCGAGCGUUUCCCCAAGUACAAACGGAACAUUAUGGAAAUUUACAGCGAGAUCGUGGACAUUUUCAGCGAAAGUAAGGCUUUGCCGGUGGUGGGAGUUUACAGCGUGAUAGAUUCCUUCUGCCGGCUAAUAUUGUAAAAUCUCGUCUAAUGUUUAAGGUAGGUUGCAACAACAUAAGUGUAUCAAUGUCCCGCCGAAUUUUUCGGCGAAUAAAUUUUAAAUAAACAUA